CGAUAUAAACAUCGCCCCGUAGCUGCUUCACCCGAUUCCUCUCGAACAAAGAAAUCCCCUUUUCCUCGAUCGAUUCAGACGAUUAAGCCCUAGGAAUUUGCGAUCGAUCGUCCAUGGCUGCCUACAGGACGUUGGAGGUGACGCUCAUCUCCGCCAAGGACCUCAACGAAGUUAAUCUCUUCAGCAAGAUGGACGUCUACGCGAUCGUAUCCCUCGCCGGCGAGCCCCGGUCGGCGCAGCGCACCCCCACUGAUAAAGAUGGCGGCAAGAAUCCCUCCUGGAAAAACGCCACCGUCCGCUUCUCCAUCCCCGUCGACGUGGCCGCCGCCUCCCGCCUCGUCGUCCACGUCGCUCUCAGAUCGGAACGCUCCCUCGGGGAUCGGGAGAUCGGCGAGUUGCACAUCCCUCUCAAUGAGUUCUUCGGCGACGGGGGCGAUAAGAGUUCGUCCCAAUUCGUUAGCUAUCAGGUUCGCAAGCCCAACUCUGGAAAGCCCAAGGGCGUUCUCAACCUUUCCUACAAAUUUUGUGAGCCUCCCGCCUCCGCCGACAAUGCAAACGCUGCCAGUGCGCCGCCUGCGCCCGUAGGCUAUCCUGCGCCGGGGAGCAGUGCCACUGCGUACCCACCGCCGGGGAAGGAUUCCAAGGUCGGGGAGCCAGUCACCGCCUACCCUGCGCCGGGGAGCAGCGCCAGCGCUUACUCCGCUCCUGGAAAUGACUCUAAGGUCGGACAACCCGCCACCGCCUACCCGCCUGCUGGUGCACAGGGAGCCUACCCUCCUCCCUAUGGAGCUCCUCCGCAAUACGGCUACUCGGGGCGUCCUGCCGGGUACGGGUACCCACCUCCGACCCAGUACGGAUAUGCACCUCCUCCGGCAGGGUACGGGUACCCUCCGCCACCGGCGCCUCAGUAUGGGUACGCGGCCGCCGCGCCGCCAAAGAAGAACAAGUUCGGGGCUGGGCUAGGUGCAGGUCUUCUAGGCGGCGCCAUCGGCGGCCUCCUUUUAGGGGAAAUGGUGUCGGAUGCAUCAGAGUACGACGCGGGAUACGACGCCGGCUUUGACGACGCCGGGGGAUUCGAUUUCUAAUGACGCCACUAAAACCGUGCUCCGAUCACUCUCGUGUUGCUUAUUUCCUUUGCCCUUGAUAGUGCGCUGUUCCUGGUUCAUCAAGAAGAAAACAAAAGCUUGGAUUUUUUUUUUUUUAAUUUUGGGAAAAAGUUGUAAUUUUGGUUUUUAAAAUAAGAGGUUGGGGCUAGCUUGUGAAUUGUGUAUUAUGAUACCCUUUGACACCUUAAGUGCACUUUGAAAUUAA